AUGUCUCAACAAAAGUCUGCAAUCCUUUCCGUCUACGACAAGACCGGUCUCCUAGACCUGGCAAAGGGCCUCGCUAAGCACAAUGUCCGGCUUCUUGCCUCCGGUGGUACUGCGCGGAUGAUUCGGGAGGCUGGUUUCCCAGUUGAAGAUGUUUCAGCUAUCACCCACGCACCUGAGAUGCUCGGUGGUCGUGUGAAGACCCUCCACCCUGCUGUCCAUGGUGGUAUCCUCGCCCGUGAUAUCGAAUCCGACGAGAAGGACCUCGCCGACCAGAACAUCGCCAAGGUCGACUUCGUUGUCUGCAACCUGUACCCCUUCAAGGAGACCGUCAACAAGGUCAAUGUCACCAUCGAGGAAGCCGUUGAGGAAAUCGAUAUUGGCGGAGUCACUCUACUCCGUGCCGCCGCUAAGAACCACUCCCGCGUUACUAUCCUCUCGGACCCCGAGGAUUACCCUGAAUUCCUUAAGGAACUCGAGGCUGGUGAAAUCACGGAAAAGAGCCGGAGAUCAUACGCCCUUAAGGCUUUCGAACACACUGCAGACUAUGAUUCCGCCAUUUCCGUUUUCUUCCGCAAGCAAUAUGCUGGCAACGGUGAACAGCACCUCUCUCUGCGUUACGGAACCAACCCUCACCAGAAGCCUGCGUCUGCCGCCAUGCCCCAAGGCAAGCUUCCUUUCAAGGCUCUCAACGGCUCUCCUGGAUAUGUCAACCUUCUCGAUGCUCUGAACGCCUGGGCUCUUGUGAAGGAGCUCAAGCAGGCUCUUGGAUACCCUGCUGCUGCCAGCUUUAAGCACGUGUCUCCUGCUGGUGCAGCUGUAGGUGUUCCUCUUAGUGACAAGGAGCGCAAGGUCUACAUGGUCGACGAUAUUGCUGGAAUCGAGUCCUCCGGUCUUGCCCAGGCUUAUGCCCGUGCCCGCGGUGCUGACCGCAUGUCCAGCUUCGGCGAUGUUCUCGCCCUCAGUGACGUUGUCGAUGUCACCACAGCCAAGAUCGUUUCUCGAGAGGUCUCCGACGGUGUCAUUGCUCCUGGUUAUGAGAAGGAGGCUCUUGAGAUCCUAUCCAAGAAGAAGGGCGGCAAGUACCUCGUGCUCCAGAUCGACGACUCUUACGUUCCUGCUGGAGAGGAGACCCGUACUGUCUAUGGUAUUCAGCUGAACCAGCACCGCAACGAUGUUGUGAUCUCCCCUCAGAAGACCUUCAACACCAUCAUCACGCCAAAGGAUCUCAAGUCUCUCCCCGACGCUGCUCUGCGGGAUCUCACUGUGGCAACCAUCGCCCUCAAGUACACUCAGUCCAACUCUGUUUGCUAUGCUCUUAACGGCCAGGUUGUUGGCCUCGGAGCCGGUCAACAGAGCCGUAUCCACUGUACCCGUCUAGCAGGUGACAAGACCGACAACUGGUGGAUGCGUUUCCACGACCGUGUAAUCAACAUUAAGUGGAAGGCUGGCACCAAGCGUGCUGACAAGAGCAACGCUAUUGACCUACUCACCUCCGGCCAGACCCCUCGUAACGACGUCGAGAAGGCCGAGUACGAGCGCGUCUUCGAGGAGGUUCCUAAGCCAUUCACACAGGAGGAGCGUGAAUCCUGGCUCGAGCAACUGAGCGAGGUUGCUGUCUCCUCAGAUGCCUUCUUCCCCUUUAUCGACAACGUUUUCCGCGCUGCCCGCUCUGGUGUCAAAUACAUUGCUGCUCCUAGCGGUAGCCAGAACGACGGGCCUGUCUUUGAGACCUCUGAGAAGCUCGGCAUUACCUUCGUCGAGCAGGGCACUCGUCUUUUCCACCACUAA